AUGGAGGCAGCAGGAGCGCUCGCGAGUUUGGCCCCGUCGCCCAUCACCGUGCUGGGUCUAAUACCACUCCUGGCAUUAGGGAUCACGUACUUCAGAUACCAGCAGUUCGACCCAGAGUCUCAUAUAACGGAUAUCAAUGCUAUGUUGCCGAUAUACGAUUUCGUGAUAGUGGGCGGCGGAUCGGCGGGUGCCGUGGUGGCGUCGCGCCUCUCCGAGGUAGGGAACUGGACGGUGCUGCUGCUGGAGGCGGGCCAGGAUGAGACCGAGAUCUCCGACGUGCCCGCCCUAGCCGGCUACACGCAGCUCUCCGAGAUGGACUGGCAGUACCAAACCACGCCCUCGUCUAACCGCUCCUACUGCCUCGCCAUGAACGGCGAUCGCUGCAACUGGCCUCGAGGCAAGGUCCUCGGCGGAUGCAGCGUCCUCAACGCUAUGGUAUACGUGCGGGGCAAUCGGAACGAUUACGAUCUCUGGGAGGCGCUCGGUAAUCCUGGCUGGUCCUACGACCAGGUGCUUCCUUAUUUCAUGAAAUCUGAGGACAAUCGGAACCCAUACCUCGUCAAUACGCCCUAUCACGCCGCCGGAGGCUAUCUGACGGUUCAAGAGGCUCCGUGGCGCUCGCCACUUUCGGUGACAUUUCUGAAGGGCGGCAUGGAACUUGGAUACGAAAAUAGAGACAUAAAUGGAGCGAAGCAAACUGGAUUCAUGCUAACACAGGCGACCAUGCGGCGCGGCAGUCGGUGCAGUACGGCCAAGGCAUUCUUACGGCCUAUACGCAAUCGAGAAAAUCUUCAUAUCGCCCUCGGAGCACAGGUCACCAGGAUACUAAUAAAUCCGGUUAAAAAACAGGCUUACGGUGUCGAGUUUAUAAGAAACGGACAAAAGCAAAAAGUAAGGAUCAAGCGAGAAGUUAUCAUGUCAGCUGGUUCAUUGUCCACACCCAAAUUGAUGAUGCUUAGCGGAGUGGGACCAGCGAGCCAUUUGAAGGAGCACGGUAUCCCUGUCAUCGCAGAUCUUAAAGUAGGCCACAAUUUGCAAGACCACGUUGGGCUCGGAGGCCUAACAUUCGUCGUUAACAAACCUGUCACGUUUAAAAAGGAUAGGUUCCAAACAUUCGCUGUAGCUAUGAACUAUAUUCUCUAUGAAAAGGGACCGAUGACCAAUCAAGGCGUAGAAGGCUUGGCUUUUGUCAAUACGAAAUACGCACCAAGUUCGGGCAACUGGCCCGACAUGCAGUUCCAUUUCGCACCUAGCUCUGUCAACUCCGAUGGCGGCGAGCAGAUCCGCAGGAUUCUGAAUUUAAGGGACCGAGUAUACAACACCGUUUACAAACCGAUCGAGCACGCAGAGACAUGGACCAUUCUCCCUCUGUUGCUACGCCCGAAGAGCUCUGGCUGGGUGAAGUUGAGAAGUCGCAAUCCGUUUCAUCCGCCUGACAUAGUGCCCAACUACUUUGCAUACAAAGAAGACAUUAAAGUACUAAUAGAAGGCAUCAAGAUAGCCAUGGCUCUGUCCAAUACGACAGCGUUCCAAAGGUACGGGUCGAGGCCCCACAACAUACCUAUGCCGGGCUGUCAACACCACGUGAUGUUCAGUGACGAAUACUGGGAGUGUUCGCUGAAACAUUUCACGUUCACGAUAUACCAUCCGACUGGCACAUGUAAAAUGGGGCCAAAGACGGAUCCUGGGGCGGUGGUGGACCCAAGGUUGCGAGUCCACGGCGUCGCCAACCUGAGAGUGGUGGAUGCGAGCGUCAUGCCGACCAUCAUAAGCGGCAACCCGAACGCACCGGUAAUCAUGAUAGCCGAAAAAGCCUCGGACAUGAUCAAGGAGGACUGGCUUGUGUUAUGACAGUGUUUAGUGGUUAUAUUAGUGGUUAUAAUUAAUUGUGAAAUUUGUGAACAAACUAAAAUACUCAGCUCAGUCAUGGAAAUUUAUUUUGUGUUACAUUGCUUUUAGAGCGUAAGACGUUUCGAUAAGUUUGUAAAUAGUUCUACUUAGAAAUAGGAGAGCGAUGUGGUAUUUUAUUGUGCUAAUGAUUAUGUAUGUAAAUGAUA